GUAGUUUGGAGCAUGCGCAGUGAGGGCGCUGGGACUGAGUGCGCAUGCGUGAGGGCUCCCAUGCCGUAGACUGGGGGCGCAGGCGCAGUGGGGCUGCUGGUUCCUCACACACUGAGAGACUGAGAGAGCGGGGAGCUUGGGAGCCUCAGUCUCCAGCGAUGGACGAGCAGGUACCGGCUCUGUGCGAGCAGCUUGUCCGGGCGGUCACUGUUAUGUUGGAGCCCGAGUCCCGUCAGGAAUAUCGCCUGGAAGCGCUCAAGUUCUGCGAGGAGUUCAAGGAGAGAAGCCCCCUCUGUGUGCCCUGUGGCCUGCAGCUGUCCAACCGGAGCCAUUCCCCCUGCGUCCGGCACUUCGGCCUGCACGUCUUGGAGCAUGUUAUAAAGUUUCGCUGGAAUGACAUGUCCCGGGAGGAGAAGGUUUGUCUGAAGGACAGUGUGAUGGAUCUCAUUUCUCAUGGUAUGCACCCCAUCCUGGAGGAGGAGAGCCACAUUAAGGACAUGAUGGCCCGCAUCGUUGUGGAGAUGGCCAAGAGAGAGUGGCCCCAGCAUUGGCCGGACCUGCUGAACGAGCUGGAUUCCCUCACCAGAGUUGGGGAGGCCCAGACGGAACUGGUGAUGUUCAUCCUUUUGCGAUUGGCUGAAGACGUGGUGACGUUCCAGAACCUUCCCACGCAGCGCCGCAGGGACAUCCAGACGACCAUGACGCAGAAAAUGGACGUACUGUUUGCGUUCAUGUUGAACAUCCUGCAGCAGAGUGUGCAGCAGUACCAGCACCUGAAAACUGACCCCGCAAACAGUGUGAAGGCCCAGGGUAUGUGCCGCGUUGCUGUGGCUUCUCUCAAGACACUGGCCGGAUACAUUGACUGGGUUGCUAUAACCCACAUAAUGGCAGACAACUGUAAGCUCCUGGGCAUGCUGUGUGUGCUGCUGAGUGAGCCCGAGCUACAGCUGGAGGCAGCCGAGUGUCUGCUCAUUGCAGUCAGCAGGAAGGGAAAGCUGGAGGAUCGGAUCCCACUUCUGAUCUUAUUUGGGGAUGAAGCCAUAGAAUAUAUUUUGAGUGUGGCACAAAUGGCCGACACUGAGACCCUGGAAGAGAAGCGCUACAUUUUAUUAAAAAGAAUUUGUCAGCUCAUUUGUACUCUGGGCACCCAGAUCUGUGCUCUAACUCAGAGCCCUGACCUCAAAGUAAAUGUCCCUGGGAACUUUAACAAAUACCUGGAGACCCUUCUCAGCUUUACCCGACACGCAAGCCAGUUUCUCACAUCUUCCACCAUCCUGACAUGGGGAACUAUUUUCAGACAUGAGGUGCUGUCUCGUCAUCCUCAGCUCCUAGCGGCCAUUCCUGAUUUUCUACGUUCUUCUAUGGUCAGCAUUGUGCGGGUGGGCUUCCCUUCCAAAGACAACAGUCCCAGCUGCAAAUACUCCAGAAUGGACUACGAAAGCGAUGAGGAUUUUAAUGGCUUCUUUAACUCAUUCCGAGCCCUCAUGGGGGGUGUGGUAAGAGCUGCCUGUUACCUGGAUCCUCACACAGGAUUCUGUAUAGCUAAGGAGUGGCUGCAAUUCCAGCUCUCUGCUCCAUUGGAUCCCGGACCCCACAAUGCUCAGCCUGGGGAUGCUCUGUGCAGCCCCACGUCUACUUCCUUCUUACAGUGGGAAGCAAUGACCUUUUUCUGCGAAUGCGUCACCAGCCAGCUCUUCCGGGUCGUGCCCAAAGAGGAGCUCCCAGUUGCAGAGGGUAUCGGCCUCCUCCAACAAGUCCUCAGCUAUGAGACCAUGGAUCCUCUCAUUCUGUCCUUUGUCCUCACCAAUCUCUCCUCCCUGAUGCCUUUCAUCACCUGCCUGAGCUCCUACGUGCCCCCCGUGCUGUCCAAGCUCUUGGAUGCAAUAUCAUUUCCACUUUCAGGAGACAUGAAGGUGUCUAAGUCCCGCGGAGAGAUGAAUGUCCGCCGCCAUGCCAACUCCUCCCUUAUCAAGGUGUGCCGGGAUUACCCUGAGCUGGUGCAGCCUCACUUUGAGCAACUGCACGCCCGUGUCACAGCCCUGCUGGGGGAGGAGCAACUUCUAACCCAGAUGGGCAAAUGUGCCCUGAUGGAGGCGCUGAUUCUGGCCAGUAACCAGUUCAAGAGCUACGACCGGCAGCAAGUCCUCCUGGAGGAACUGAUCGGCCCAUUGGUCUCCGGGUGCGUCUCAGAGAAAACCCAAAGAGCAUUUUCUGGUCCCGACGAGUUCAUUUACUUUGUGGGAGCGGAUAUACUGAUGCAUCAGCAGGAAGAGGAAGAUCGGGGUGCACCCAGUCGCUCCCAGCUCUCCCUGUGCACAUUCGCGCUGCUGGGAAUGGUCAAACGCUCGCAGUGGCCGACUGAUCCCGAGGAAGCCAAAGCCGGGGGGUUUGUGAUUGGCUACUCCGCCAGUGGGGCGCCUCUGUUGCGCAACCCGGGUGCCCGGCUGCUGCUGAAAGUCCUGGACAGUCUGUUGGCGCUGAUCAGGACAAUGAAUAACCUGUACCUCCCGGAAGUCAUGGGCAAAAUGGGCGACACUUUCUGCAAGUCGUUAAACAUGCUCGCCAUGGACAGGAAACUUCUCAUGGGCACCAGCCAAUCAGCCAUAGAAGACUGUGACUUGCCCGCUAAGACGAAUUUGAGCAGGAUACAGUUUUUCUUUGCUUCUCUCUUUGAUAACUGCUGCCAGAUACUGGGACACUGCGGCCCCUCCAUGCCCCACGAAUUCUACUCCGUUCCUGACUUGGCGUCUCGUCUGCUCAGCUCUGUCUUCACCAACGCGGACAAUGUACCUGAUUACAGGCUCCGAUUAAUUCUACGUGUCCUUGUGAAGCCGCUAAUCCUUUCCUGCCCCGCAGAGAAGUACGAGAGCCUGGUCUGCCCCAUCCUCGGACCCCUGAUUAUUUAUCUGUACCAGAGACUUUCCCAGAAAUGGCUGAGUAUCAACCAGAGAACUGUAGUGAGUGAGGAGGACUACACGGAGGAAGACAGUGAGUGCCAAGAGGUUCUGGAGGAGCAGCUAGUAAGGCAGCUGACCCGGGAAGUGGUGGAUUUGAUUGGUUCUUGCUGUAUCGCCAGGAAAAGCAAUGAUUUCUGUGCAUCUGGGGCAGAUGUUGGGCACAGUGCUGGGCAGGCCGAUGGCGAUGAGGAGGAAAUGAUGACAACGGAGGCCGUGGCACCUGGACCCAUUGAACUGACAGAGCUGGGGCAAUUCCUGCUUGCCAAUGAGGAGAUUUCCACCUCGCUGCUGGUCAUUUCCUUCAGCCCGUUGGUGUGGAAGGACACGAUGGCCUGUCAGAAGGCGGCCUCUCACCUCUGCUGGCCCCUGCUCAAACAGGUGAUGUCUGCGUCCCCCCUGCCUGCCGAUGCCGCUCUGUGUGUGUUUUCCAAUAUACUGUGUGGGCUGCAGACUCACGGGCAGCAUGAAAGCUGUAAGUUCCCUUUGGUGCAGCUCUCGUUCCAGACCUACGAGGCCCUGCGCCCCCAGUACCCAGAGCUGCGGGGGCUGAUGGAGCAAGUGCCGGACGUCCCGCGAGAUUCCCUGGAGCAGUUUGACGCCAAGCUCUUGGCCCCCCCGCAGAAAGUGGGCGAGAAGAAGCGGAGGGAACACUUCAAGAAGCUGAUCGCCGGGUGUAUCGGGAAGCCGCUGGGGGAGCAGUUCCGGAAGGAGGUCCAUAUACGCAACUUGCCCGCUUUGUUCAAGAAGAAGACCAAGUCGGCGCCGGACAGCGAUUCCGUACUGAGCAGUUGUGACAGCUCCCUGGUGGCUCUGUUCCAGCCCUGACCUGCACCCCCAAAUCUGCCUCUGACACAUUCCGCUGUGCCCAGUCGCUAUGGCAUCACUACAGAUGGGGCAGAAUUGGGACAUUUUCUGCUGCCUGACUCCCCCCACCCCUCCCCCCAUGGGGGUCACAUACCUUUAGGAACAAUCUCAUUAAGUAUUAUGCACUCGUGCUCCAUACACUGCCCCCUGCUGGAGGAAGCGCAUCGAUAUUCCUGCUCGCUAGUGACUGGUCCCUGGCUAGAAGAGUGGGGUCGCCCUGCCCCUGGCUAGGAGAGUGGGGUCGCCCUGCCCCUGGCUAGGAGAGUGGGGUCGCCCUGCCCCUGGCUAGGAGAGUGGGGUCGCCCUGCCCCUGGCUAGGAGAGUGGGGUGGCCCUGCCCCUGGCUAGGAGAGUGGGGUGGCCCUGCCCCUGGCUAGGAGAGUGGGGUGGCCCUGCCCUCUGCCCCGGGCUGGGAGAGUGGGGUGGCCCUGCCCUCUGCCCCGGGCUGGGAGAGUGGGGUGGCCCUGCCCUCUGCCCCGGGCUGGGAGAGUGGGGUGGCCCUGCCCUCUGCCCCGGGCUGGGAGAGUGGGGUGGCCCUGCCCUCUGCCCCGGGCUGGGAGAGUGGGGUGGCCCUGCCCUCUGCCCCGGGCUGGGAGAGUGGGGUGGCCCUGCCCUCUGCCCCGGGCUAGGGGGUCGCCCUGCCCUGAACAUACAAGGAACUUUCUGUGGGUAUGUGGGGGGGCACUGGUUGCUGGGAAUGAGGCAGUUGGCUCCUCCAAUGACAAACGGACGCCUACGGAAGGGGGCCAUUCCGGGGGCCUCACAGUGCAAAGGAAAAGCUAAACCCUCCCUUUGGUUCCAGAGCCAAUGAAUUUGGGGGCACUAAUGGCACGGCUGCUUUACCCCCAUACGGAAUUGGCCCCGACACCUUUCCCUUUAUGGCGGAUGUUGGAAAGGUCCCUGCGUUCCGGUAGGUGAGUGCCGCGCUCUCGCACAGGGCGCCCUACGUUUACCGUUCCUUUACGUUAAAGGUAAAUUAAAGUCGGAACAACUUGCGUUAAUUUAUUAUGUUUUGUACUGGGGCGGUGCCGGCUGUGGUUCCGGACUGGACAAUAUUUUAUCACUUUCUGGUUUGCGCCACUGCUGCAAAGAGCUGUUGUUGGAAAGGCAGCCUUACUUGUUGGCCGUAGCUGGGCCGUGUGGUUCCAGCCGGAGGCGCAGGUAAUGGGCCGGGAGGGGUCUACUGUUGCCCAGCAGUGACCCGAAUAAAGGUAUUGGCCCUUUAA